GCGGGGAUGUCUUACAAACCGAACUCGGCCGCGCACAUGCCCGCCGCCUCCCUCAGCGCCGCUGGGAGUGUCCACCCGCCCUCCACCAGUAUGGCCACAUCCUCCCAGUACCGCCAGCUGCUGAGUGACUACGGGCCACUAUCUCUAGGUUAUACCCAGGGAACUGGGAACAGCCAGGUACCCCAAAGCAAAUAUGCUGAGCUGCUGGCCGUCAUUGAAGAGUUGGGGAAAGAGAUUAGACCCACCUAUGCAGGGAGCAAGAGCGCCAUGGAGAGACUAAAACGAGGCAUCAUUCACGCCAGAGGCCUGGUUCGAGAGUGCUUGGCUGAGAUGGAACGGAAUGCCAGGUCCUAGCUGCCUAUCAGCGUAGAAGGUUUUCCAUCUUCUUCCAAGACCAGAAGUCACAGCUCAUCUCC